GAAGAUUAGCUUGAUGGGUUUUGUGACAGUUGUUCUUCCAUUAUUAUUAUCUCUCGCUGUGCAAGGAACUCUUGGAGGGGUAGAAUGUGAGGGUCUAGGCAAAGAGAAGUGCUCGUUUGCAGUAUCAUCUGCUGGAAAACGAUGUGUUCUUGAGAAGAUAGUGAAGAGGAGCGGCAUGGAAGCAUAUAUCUGCAGAUCAUCGGAGAUUGAAGCAGACAAACUGAUGGAUCACAUCGAGUCUGAUCAGUGCGUCGAGGCCUGUGGCUUGGACAGAAUGUCCCUUGGAAUCUCAUCAGACUCUCUCAUUGACUCUAACUUCACCAAGAAACUCUGCUCCACUGAGUGCUACCACAAUUGCCCUAAUGUUGUUGAUUUGUACUCCAAGCUCGCCGAGGUCGAAGGUGUGUUUCUUCCCAAGUUAUGUGAAGCAAAAGGUGCGGAUGCGAAAAGAGCAAUGGCUGAUGUGAAGAGCUCUGGUGCUGUGGCCGCAUGAACGAACUACUGUGCAUCCUGAAUCAAAAUGGACCAGCAGAUCCACCAACUUGAUUUUUCAAUCCAAAGAACAAAUAAU